CCACCAUGAGGGCAAACAUAGCUGAUCAAAGUCUUAUAAAAAGAACAGAUUUCUAUGCUUAUGGAGGACAUGACUACACUGUCUUAGGGAGGACAUACCUAGACGCGACACUUCAAUAGGAGACUCAUCAGCGUGCCUUUACUGUUGGCAGAAGAAAGUUGAUAGUAGAUAGUAUUUUAUAGUACUUAGACUGUUCAGAUAAGCAAAAUUGUCGUAGGCUAGUAUUUUUUUUACUUUUAUGUUUAAUAUUUUUUUUGCUGCUGUACCUUAAGUCACACGUCAUCAAACAGUUUCAGUCUGGGGAAGAGCACGAGUUGGGGCUCGUCAACCGUGUGGUGAGUUUGUAAAUGCAUGACGUUGAGUUACUGGACGUUAUAUUCUCUUUAAGAUUAUGAGAUGUUAUUGCCGUGGGUAGUAACAGUUACAUCUUUGUUUCACUCACGUGCACAGUUCCCUGAUGAUCCGGCAACAUUGUGACACUCAACUUUUUAGCGGCGGAUCAUAAAUAAAUAAAGACGGUAUUAUAAGUUGCAGUGAAGAUUUUAUCGGUCUGAUAUUUUUAAAGCGCGAGAUAAAGAGGUACUGUAUAUCUUGAGGAUUGUUCUGUUCCUGUAGUUCUUAUUACAUUCUUCAUGAGGUGGUCAAGGUGUGGGGGACUGAUGUUUUAUUCUAAGCCAGCCCAGUAAACAGAUACCACAUGCAGAAGGAACAGUGUGAUCAAGAUAAAAUCUGAACCUAGGGAUACCAAUACUCACUGUACUGGAUGCAGUGGCGAGAAGAAAAAAAGAUUGAUAAAUUAUUAACAAUCUUCAUUGUCCACCAGCAUCACGACCCACUGGCUGAGCAACGUCUUGUAUUUCCAAAGAAUAAACAAAUAAAACUUUGGCUGGCGAAAAAAGUCGUUUGAGCUUAUGAGGAUUUUUUUGAACUUGUGCAAUCGUCUUGGUUUGUGUGACACGUGUGUAGACACAUUGUAAAUACCAAGAGCUCUUCAGUAAUAGAUAAGUGAACUUCAUUGCAAGUGACAAUAUUCAUGAAGCGCUACAAAUGUUACAAAAGGCAUAGUUAGAAACAUUUUUAGCAAGAGGUAAAAUACCCCCCUCCCCACUAAGCAGCAUCCGUUUUCCAGAAAUCAAAAUGGAAAUUAAAAUAAAAAUAGAGAUCUAGUAAGGAGCGGAAGCAGCACUACAUGCAGGUGACCUGCAGGUGUAAGUGAAGUGCCACGUCUCCAUUGCUGCACCUUGUUGCACAGAAUUACAGACUCAUUUAAGUUGCCAAAGACAAUGGCAAACCAUGCUGCUGUACAGCAGGAAGCUCGUGAGUUACGGGACAUCAUACGAAAGAUCAUCACAGAACUGGACGAACAUCACCGCAAUGUGAACAUCGCCACGGCUACUGGCAGCGCCGCAUCGUUUCUUGGUGGAGUGAUGACUGUAGCUUCCGCCAUCUUGGCUAUCCCAACUGGAGGCCUGACCUUGCCCUUGGCUGGUGCUGGCGCCAUCUUGGCAGGUGCUGGAGGUACCGUCAGUGUGGGAGCUACUCUGGUAGAGUUUAUCAUCAACAAACACAAUGUCUCCGAUGUACAGAGGAGAUGGGAACGAUUUCAGACAGACUUAGCGGGCUACUAUGCUGAAAUCUAUCGUUGUGAAGAAGUUCCAGCUAAAAUUUUAAACAUUGUCGGGGACAUCAUCAACGGGGUGAUUGAAGUCCGUCAGGGGUACCAGCUGAUCAAGGGUAGCAUGGCGGCUGCUAGAGCAUUAAAAGUUGGUGGGGUGGGUGGCAGGAUUGCGGCGGGUGCCUCACAGGUGGGCAACAUGAUAGAAGCAGGUGCAGUGGGUGGGGUAGCAGGUCUGGGCGCUAAGGCUGUGGGAAGAGCGUUUUUCUUUCUGAAUGUCGUCCUCAUCCCCAUCAGCCUGGUAGAGCUCGUGCGGUCAGCCUCUGCCGCGAAUAGGGGCGAGCGGUCAAAAGCAUCGUCCAGUCUGGAGAGGCUGGCGGACUUCCUGGACCGGGUUGCCAAUAAUCAGCUAUAGAGUCGCAAUCACAUUGAGUGGUGGCACUCACGCAUACAGAAAUUUAUACAAAUCCAUUCAAACACAUAUGAAUAUGGUAUUACGAGACUAAAUAAGAUUUAAAAAAUAUAUUUUCCAAGUGACAUCGCAGGAGAAGUAUGUCUUGAUUCUAUCCAUAAUUUUGGACUAUUGCAAUACACACUUAUACUCGCCAUUUGCAGUACUGUAUAAGAUAUAUUUUACAAACUUUCUUUUGGUAAUAACACACACGCAUAAAACCAACAACAAUCACAUAUACUAGACACCAUCUACAUUUCACCACAAGUUGCAUACAUACUCAAACACACAUGUUAACACAAAUUAUGCAUUCACCGACUCACACACACACACACGUGAGCCACACACAGCUCUAUACAAAGUCAAGAAGACAUAUUGAUCAUGCCGAGCUUAGAGAGGCUGCUUUGCAUAAAGACUGUUCCUCCACUGGAAUGUUCUGGCUUGGGUAUGUCUGUACCUGGUCUCACAAGGCCCGCGAUGACAUAAAUAACUGAGAGUGACCCAGGCCUCGACCUCAUGACCUCCUGCUUCGUGAGCACUUACUGCGAUGACCAUUGACCGUGUCUACAGAGGGCAGGUCACAGGCAAGAUGUCUGCGAGCUGCAUGCACCACCCGGUUAAUUUGGUCUUUGUUAGCUUCAGAGGUCUCCUGUUGAAGCAGAUAGUGAUUGAGAAUAGACCCCACCACGUCCUGGCAAAACCGGACCCGACUGUCAAAUGCAGGGUUAGAAAAUAAUGAAUCUUGUCAUAACAAGAACCAAUGAACCAGCCCCGAAUCUUGACAAAACCCGCCCACAUAAAUGUUAUUUAGUACGAUAGUAUUGUUUUCUAAUAAUCAUUAAGUACUGUUCAUUUGUUCACAGAUAAGGUUUUAUGUGUUGCCUGUAUUAUGUGCGUAUGACACUUUUUCACACAAUGAAAUUUCUUCAGCUAAGCUUUAUAGUUUGUAAUUUUAUCACGAUGUUCAUGAGGACGGAUUUAUGUCUAAGAGUUGUAAUGUUGGUGUGUUCAUGUAAGAUUUCCAGGUAGGUCUGUCAAGUAGUCAUGAUGUGUAUGUUUAUAGAUUUUUGAAUUUUUUUUCAAAGCACUCAAUUUGAACCAUAAAUAUUUAUUAUCGUAUCUUAUACUAUACAAAGGGAUUUUUUUACUAAGUGAUAUUAGUUUGAUUUGGUGUUUUGGCUGUGCAUAUUUAUAAACAAAUGAACUUGCCACUGACUGAGUGACUCAGGUCAGAAAAUUUGUGUAGUUGGUAAUCUUGUCGCUUUGUUUCAGAUGACUGAGUGCGACUAACGUCUACGUGUAGAGCGGAGAUGUGUGAGAGUGUGUUUAUAGAAGACUUUCGUGUGGAGUAUCCACUGGUCAUUGUGUCUUUUUGUAGAUUUUGGAUUAUUACUCUGAAAAGCGAGGUUGUGGUUCCUAUUUAGUACAUUGUCAUCAUCAUACUAUACAUAAGGCAUUUUUACAAGGAAACAGCAAUGUUUAGGUUUUAGCUUUGUAGAGUUUACAAAUAGUAGUCUACCUAUCGCAAUGCCAUUUCAUGAAAUAGAGCUUAUGUCUUGGAUUGCUGUUUUGUCCAUUGAUCAUCAUGUAAAUGUCAUGUGACUAGAAAUGCACCAAGUUCGCUCUACAGAACUAGCAAAAAUGAUGUAGAUGUAGUAUUUUUUGUUCGCUUAUUAAAAAGAAUUAUAGAAAAGUGGUAAAUCUAAUCAAUGUUAAUGCAAGCAAACUCACAUGUGAAAGAUUUACUAAAAGCAUAAACAACACCUAACUGUAGAUAUGUCGAUGUUGUCACAUGAGCAACAUUAUGAAGAGCAGUGUUGUGCCUAAAGGGACAUAAUAAAACAUUUGUCUAUGCUUGCUUGAUGUUAAUUCUCUCCCUUUAAUACAUUUUCAUUUCCGCACGCAUUCGUCAGUCACCAGUUGAGGACUAAAGAACACUUAAAGAUGUGGUAAGGCAAAGUGUGUGGUAAUCGGCGUGGGACUCAUGUCAUGUCUCUUCAACCUCACCUGUUGCUGAAACACAUUUACUAAGCAAAGGAAACAUUAUUUACCCAAUUUUUUUAAAAAGACUACUGACACUUUACUGAAAGCAUUGAAACUACUCCUAGAAAUUUUUACAUCACGAAUCGUCUUUCUUUAAAAGUUGUACUUGAAAUUUGAGGAUGGAUGCGGGGAAGGGAAUUUGUCUGGCCUGUCGUCAGUGAAUGGCAUCUGAUCUCUCAGUAUCUGAUAACGAUUAUAGACAAGGUGGCUUAGGCUCUGCUUUCUGCAAACAAAUUUAGAGCUCACUGUACUUACGUUUUCAAGAGCAAUCCCUACAUCGUCUGUCAACAUUUGAUAUAUUGUUUCAUUCCAAUCAUUAUUUAUGCGCGGAGUCACAACAGUGACAUUUGGCGGCUGACAGGUGAUACUCGGCAUCUUAACAUGAAAGGUAGGGGGUAAGGGGGUUAGUCUAGUCAGAAGUAAAAUUGAGGAAUAAUGUCAGGUAUUUGCUGUGCUGUCUGUACCAGUCCCCAGGCACCUGAUUAGUGCGCUUCACUGGAGAAUAAAAGAAAAGAACUGUUUGAGGCCUUCUCGGGAAUGUAAUUUGAAACACCGCUCCCCCUCCAUUCAGCCCCCAAUAAGUUGUACAGAAAAACUAACUAAAUUCCUGGUUUGUCAAGAUAGGUAGAAAAUGCGUUCACUGAUCUUACGACCACAAACAAACGACACUUAUUUCUUGAAAUAAAGUGAUAUCUGAAAUA